GUAACUAACCUUUUCUGUAGAUAUUUAAUAAUAGAAUACUACCUACUCCCCUUCCGGAGCGCGGAGAUUACUAUUAUCCCUAAACCUGGGAAGCUGGAGAAGGUAUAUACUAUGUAUAAAGGUUAUAGACCUAUCUCCCUGCUCUCCUAUAUAGGCAAAGGCCUUAAGAAACUCCUAGCUAGAAGAGUUUCCCUCCUGGCAAUAGAAUAUAAAAUACUGCUAGAAUAA